UUUUUCCUUAACUUCUUAAUUUCAGGGUCAAACCGGACCUUGCUGGCCGUAACCCACCGACACGGUCCCUGUUCACCAAUCCCUAGCAAGACGCGCCCAACACUGGGUGAAAUCCUGCGCCAAGACCAACUGCGCGUCAAUUAUCUCCAGCAAGUGGCAUCACAUGGCUCCAGAGAAACCCGGGUACAGGAAUCCCAGACAAGCGUCCCGGCAAAACUUGGUUUUGCACUGGGCUCUGCUGAAUACGUCGUGACGGUCGGCUACGGCACACCCGAGCAAAACCAGACUGUGGACUUCGACACUGGAAGUGACAUCAGCUGGAUCCAAUGCCAGCCAUGCCCGGCCUGCUACCCACAACAAGAAAAUUACUUCAAUGCAUCUCAAUCUUCUUCCUAUGCUUCAAUCCCCUGCAGCUCUCCCGAGUGCUCGCUGUCCUUCCAACAUGCUUGCUCCAACUCUACCUGCAUCUAUGGCGUCACCUAUGGUGAUGGUUCCUCAACUGUAGGAUACUUGAGCCGUGAAACGCUGACACUAUCUCCUUCCGACAAGGUCUCAGGCUUCAUUUUUGGGUGCGGCCAAUCCAACAAGCACUUCAUUGGAAAGUUGGCUGGGUUGAUGGGGCUCGGUCGAGGCAAUCUCUCUUUAGUGUCCCAAACAUCUCAGAAAUUUGGCAAUGUAUUCUCCUACUGUCUCCCACCUACAGAAAGCUCUGCAGGCUACCUGACAUUUGGCGAGCCCGCGCCUUCUGCCGCCAUUUCAUACACACCGAUGCAUACCGAUCCCACCUUCUACGUCGUUAAUUUGACAGCAAUAAGCGUCGGGGGCCAGCAGCUGGCGAUCCAGCCUUCGGUCUUCUCGUCCGCUAUGUUUAUCCUAGACUCGGGAACCGUGAUCACCAGGCUACCUCCCUCGGCCUAUCAAGUCCUGAGGUCUGCUUUCCAGAGCUCCAUGAUGAAUUACACAAUGAGAAAGUCGUCUGGAAUACUUGACACUUGCUAUGAUGAGAAUGUGGAUAUCAAGCCGGCACCGGUUGCACUGCACUUCGAAGGGAAUGUCACAUUGAACCUCGAUGAUUCAGGCAUCCUCUUUGAUAACUGCCUAGCUUUCGCGGGAAAUAAGAAGGACAGCGAUGGAGGCAUCAUUGUCUAA